AUGUCGGAAAAAUGCGAAUUCUUGGAAAACUCUGAAAAUAUUGUGGAAGAAUUAGGAGAAUGCAAGCAAUAUGCAGAAACGUCACAAUUUAAUGGAAACAUGUCCCUUAACAAUGUCUUCGAGGUGCAAGUGGAAGCAACGGGAAUAGAGGAAGAAAAUUUGCAAAACCAAAGCAUCGCAGAACAAACUUUGGAAGAUGAAGUUUCCACGAUGAGAUAUCAAGAUGUUGAUGCACUGGUUCGUCAUGAAAUUAAAGAAGUGAUUCUUAAAAAAGAAACCGAGAAGACCACUAUAGCAGUCGCCACUGAAAAGAAUAACGUAAUAUUAGAACAAAUUAAAAGUUUGCAAGAUUUGAGAGACGACAUCGGAAAAGAAACGGAGGAACUAAAUAUCAAAGUGGAAAUCGACAAGGACGAAAUGCAGCAACUGCAGAAGCGGAUACAGUACAAUAAAGAGAUCAUCGAGAAACUGGAAGGGUUCACGAAGACGAUCAUCGAUGGCCACAAACACCAGAAACACGUCAACCAACAUUUCACUGAGAAAGCUGCUGACCAAAAGAGACGUAUGACGGAAAAUGAGUGGGAGCAGAAAAUUUCCAAACUAAAAGCCGCCAUAGCUAGGAAAGAGGCGAGUAUUGCAGACAUUAGAGGCAGUACAAAUGACCUUAAAAAGAGAAAUCUGCAAUUGAAAGCCAAACUGUUGGAAAGACGCAAACAUUUGGAGAAAUUGAAACCGCAGCAUCAGCAUAUCGAUGAAAGGAAAGGCCGCGUAACAGUGUUACGCAAUAGAGGCAAGGAAUUAGAAGAAACGUUGACCAAUCUGGGUCAGGAAAUACAGCAAACGAAAGUAUUGAAGGAUCAAGUUAAAAGGGAAAUGGAGGAGUGCGCUGAAAAGUUAAACUUGGUGGUAGAAGAGAAAAGGAAAAGAUUGAGUGCCUCAUUAAAAACUGCCGACGUCCUGAAGAACAAAGUCCAAGAAAGAAACGAAGAACACGACGGACUCGCUAAGGUCUUAGUCUCCAAAGAAGAACGUAACAUUCAGUUGGAUGAGGAGAGGAAACAAUCGAUGACAACACUCAAAGAAGUGAGCGAAGACCUUGAAACAAAGACCAUGAAAUGGCAGCGAGAUACUGAGGUGACAGAAGAGAAACUUAAAGAAAAUCAAGACAAACUGUCAGCGAAGAUUAAGGAAAACGAUGAACUACAUGGCGGCCUAGAGACUUUGAAGAAACAGUACGUAGCAGUGAUUGAACAGAAGAACGAGAAGCUCCUGCUAAAGGUGGAACUGAAGGAAAAACUGAAAGCUGAUGAGGUAGUGUUGGAUAAAAUUAGGCCACUGGACGAAAAAAUAGCCAAAAAACAGAAAGCUAUCGAGGAAUUAUCCCGAAAAAUUGAGGGCUUGUCUACUGAUAAUAGAAUAGUGGAGAUGGAAAAGCAAAAGGCUUACCUAAUCUCUUCCACUGAUUACCUAACUGAGAAGUAUGAGAACGUCAAGAAGCAAUAUGAUGAUGCAGAGAUAGAGUCUAAGAAGAUGAAAGAAAUUCAGUCGUCUAAGGUGAAGACAAUUAAAGAAAAACAGGAAAUACGCGAUAAUCUUCAGAAAGAACUGCGGGAACUAGAAAGUAGUGCAGACUACGGGGAAUAUUCACGAACUCCUCCUAGCAUACUCAAAUCCCCCUCGUCCCAAAAAAAAUUUCCGGUUUCCCCUAAAAAGGUACAGUUCGAGGGAUUGUCGUCGUACGAGUCCAGUGGCAGCGAACCUAGUACUUCUCAACAUACCAUUGUGGGAAAAUCCUUUGAAGAAAUAAUGGAUGAAAUAACUGCAGGGGUCUUUAAACAGCCAACAAAGGCUGCCAAAAAGAGAAAAAUUGACUUUGAAUAA